UAAGGUUAAUAAACUGACUGGGCAUCGAGUCGACUCACAGUGGAGGUGUGAGCUGUCGUGAGAGUCUGGAAAUUUUUUGAUUGCUAUAUCCAAUUAUAAUUUGAUCAGUUAUGGCACUUAUUCGAGGCUGUGUUUCCAGACUUAGUAAUUACACUCAGAAAACUAUUCCAGCAUUAUCUCUGGUCUCACGAAAUUCUUCUGAUGCAGUUGAACUGAAAGCAUUACUAGCAGAAAAAAUCAAGGAAGAACAGAAGAUUGUAAAGAGUUUUAGGGAACAAUAUGGCAGCAAAGUUGUUGGAGAAGUUACCGUAGAUCAGGUUUAUGGAGGAAUGCGAGGAAUAAGAGGCCUUGUUACAGAAACUUCUCACCUAGACCCUGAGGAUGGUAUCGAAUUUCGUGAUUUUACUAUUCCUCAAAUCAGAAAAUUACUUCCUAAAACUCCUGGUGGAGGGGAACCUCUUCCAGAGGGCUUAUUUUGGCUGCUCUUGACUGGAGAGGUUCCCACGUUAGAACAGGUGAAAUCUGUGUCAAAGACUUGGGCUGAAAGAGCUGGUCUGCCAUCUCAUGUUGUAACCAUGCUAAAUAACUUCCCUUCACAUCUCCACCCAAUGUCUCAGUUUAGUGCAGCUAUUACAGCAUGUAACACAGAAAGCAAGUUUGCUAAAGCAUAUUCUGAAGGAGUUCCCAAAGCCACUUACUGGGAGCACACUUUUGAAGAUGCUCUGGAUUUGAUUGCCAAAUUGCCAACCAUUGCUGCCACUAUCUAUCGCAACUUGUACAAAGAUGGAAGCAGUAUUGGUGCUAUAGAUGUUAAUAAGGAUUGGUCAGCAAACUUUACAUCUAUGCUUGGAUAUGAUGACCCCAACUUUACAGAGUUAAUAAGACUGUACCUUACUAUCCACAGUGACCAUGAAGGAGGAAAUGUCAGUGCUCAUUCUGUCCAUCUUGUUGGAAGUGCCCUCUCUGACCCUUACUUAUCAUUUGCAGCUGGUAUGAAUGGUCUGGCAGGACCUCUUCAUGGUCUUGCAAACCAGGAAGUUCUGGUUUGGCUCAGAAAGCUACAAAAAGACUUGGGUCCUGAUGCUAGUGAAGAAGAAGUGAAAGAGUUUGUUUGGAAAACCUUAAAGUCUGGACAGGUUGUACCAGGUUAUGGACAUGCUGUUCUGCGAAGGACUGACCCUCGUUACAUUGUUCAACGAGAUUUUGCAUUGAAACAUCUUCCCGAUGAUCCAAUGUUCAAGCUAGUCUCUCAACUCUACAAAAUUGUUCCACAGAUUCUGCUUGAGCUGGGAAAAGUGAAGAACCCAUGGCCUAACGUAGAUGCACAUAGUGGAGUUUUGUUACAAUAUUAUGGUAUGACAGAAAUGCAGUUCUACACUGUUCUGUUUGGUGUUUCUCGAGCUCUGGGAACUGCUUCAUCAUUAGUGUGGGACCGUGCACUUGGCUUACCUAUUGAACGACCCAAGUCUAUGACAACAGAAGGAUUAAUGAAGCUUGUUGGUGCCAUAUAAUGUUAGCAACUUUCUAGGUACUGAGACAAAUUCUUACUUUUUUCAAAGCUGUUUUACCAUUAAAGAUUGUGGAAAUAUACCUUUGAAAAACUAUAAUACUUGUAGUGCUGAGGUGGUAGUUUUUGUGUUUUUUGUACCUGACAGACAUCCUAUUUUGUGAGAAAAAUAAUACAUUUACUCCAGUGAACUAACAUGGAAAACAUUUUUAUCAUUGUUAAACAGUUGUUUAUGGGGAAAAAAAAGAAAAUAAGACAUGUUUCAAAUAUUUCUCCAGGGUUUCUGAUAGUGAUGAGUCUUGUGAAGCUCUUAUUGUGUUUUUAUUACUUUUGUUUUAUCUUUUUUGUUAUCUUUUUUUAUUACUUUUUACAAACAGUAUUUAAAUUUAAAAAAAAAUAUUACUGUGCCUGUGGUUUAUAGUUUGCAUGUUAAUGUAAUCUACAGUUUUAAACUAGAAUGAUGGGAUACUCUACACUUACAGAAUUUAGGGCUUUAGUACAAAUUUGGUGAUAAGUUUUUGAAAAAAAGUGAAGUUUUUGUUAAAAACAUAAUCAAUUUUCCACAUUGAAUGAUAUAAACAAAAAAGAGCUGUAUACAUUUUGCAGGACAUUAUUUAAUGAAGUUCUGUCACAGUGAAUUAAACAUCUAUAAGCUUAUCCACUAUGAUGUAGAUUUUACUGGAAUGUUUCUUCAUGUUUUAAAGAUUUGUAUUUGGAUUAAACUUGAUCCUUUCCCAACUCUUCAUCAUAAGGGUAAAAUCAGGAAUGUAUAAAUAUUUACUCAAAUAUGAAAGUGCAACUAUAAAAUCUAGCAUAUGUUUUAAAAAAAAGUAAACACACCAUCAUAAGCAUUGUCUUUUUAUCUUAAAAAGUUCUACCUCAUUUUCUCCUAACUUCUAAUUAAAGAAAAGUAAAAAACAUUUUGAAUCUCAGUUUUCUAGGAGGAUCUUAACACCAUGUAAUCUGAUUGUGUUUCUAUGGCAUGAACAUUUCUAAUGGCAAUUUAUUGUUUUAAUAUCUUAAUGUUCUCACCAUAUUUUUUAAAUUCCAAUUAAAUGUUUGUACCAAAACAAAUCUUAUUUUUUAUACAUUAAACAAUUUUUGAGGUAACUGUCACAUGUGAUUUUUAUUAUGUGAGACAAGUACAUUAUUAAAGCUGGUCCUUGUAGCUUCAUGUUCAAUUUCAGUGAUCAGUACCUUGAUAACUAGUUAAGUUUCUUACUACUCAUACAAAAUAAAUGGUCAUAAGGACUUUUCCCUUAUUGACUAAGUUGUUGUAAGCAUUGUAAUGUUUAUCUUUGAAUUGUUAACUUUUGUAAAAGCAUGUUUUUCCUGUCUCAUCUAGUAAACUUUAAAUCUGAAAUGUUAUUUUAUAGAAACUUACACUAUUUGUGAUAUUGUCAAACCUAAUUUGUCAUGACUUUCUAUUCAUUUGUUUUUUUUAUUAUUUCAGUUACAAAUCUACUUUCAUUUUUAAUGCCAUAUUUACCACUUUGUCUUGCUCUAUAUUAUUUUAUUUUUUUGUUUAUAUUUAUCCUAAUAUACAGUUGUCUUCUUCAUUUUUUGUUCAUUAAAUCUAAGAUUAAUGGUAUUAAGAUGCAGUCAUUCAAUCAAUGAAAUUAAUAGCAAUAGAUAUGUAUCUUCACCAAAUUAUUUCAGUGGAAGAUUUUUUUAGAAGGAAACAUAAGUAAGAUUAGAUUGUAAAACAUGCACUUAAUUUUGGAGUCCUAUUUUAAAUAUUAAUUAGCUUGUAAGAACAGAUAGAACUUCUACUUUUUAUUUGCACAAUUUUUUAGGAAACAUUUUCAACAUAACUAAGUGGUUAAAAGGUGAAAAACUUGAUGUUAUAUCUUUUUUUAAUAUAUUUCCUACAUGAUUCUUGUCAUUUAUUACCAGAAACACCUGGAUAUAGAUAGUAUCUGUAAUUCAGCUCUGCCGUUGUAUAUAAACAUACAAUAUUAAGGACUGUAGACAAAUUAUUUGGGUGGAAUAAAAUCUUUGUUGGUUCUCA